CAACCACCAAAUAUCGAACAUGAACUUCCAAUCUCUGGUAGCUGCGGGUGUUGAUGCAAGGGCAAUGUCGUCGUUCAUUCAUGAAAUAGAUGCAAAGUUUGAUUUGUAUGGAGAACCGGGCCUUUACAGACAUAGCAACACUUCCGACAUCUCCACAUAUGGAAGCUGUUUUUUAAGCUCUAAAAUAUGGAUAUUCGGAGUGCACAAUCAAUUAAGCUUCCGCCAAUACCACUCGCUGCUAACUAUUCUGAUUGGUCGAACGAGGGUUUGGGUAGAACGUCUUAGUGAUUUAUGAAAUAAGGACAUAUCCUUCACCAGAGAUCAGAGAAUUUAUCCUUAUAAAAGGGUUAUCCUCCUCUCAACCUCAAGUGUCUCAUCAUCAUCAUCAGCAGCAGCAUCUCAUCAUCUUAUCAUCUUCCUAUAGCUUGCAAUAGACUUCAACACUACUCCUGAUUACUAUCAAAAACUUUGUGAAAUUUACCAAUUCACCACUUAACUCAUUAUACCUUACCACAAAACUAUGGGCUCAGUUCAAAGACAAGCCCCAGUUUACGGAGAGCGAUUAUUGCCCACCUUGGUCGACGAAGGGGCUACAGACAAUCCUGAUCAUAUCAUAUUUUCAUUAGCGAAAACCACAAGAGCGGUAGAUGGUUUUGUUGAUGUGUCAAGUAAGCGGCUCGCCAAUUCGAUUAACAGGGCCGCUUGGUGGAUCGAAAAGUUGCUCGGAAAGGGGAAGAACUUCCCAACAGUAGGAUAUGUUGGUCCUGGUCAGUCUAGAACUUUGAUGCGAUCAUCUUGAGGCUGUGUGCUAACUAUUCUAAAGUGGAUUUGAGGUAUCAAAUCCUGACCUUGGCACUUAUGAAAACUGGCCACAAGAUCCUUCUCAAUUCUCCACGGAACAGUAUCGAGGGACAUCUCAAUGUCAUAAAACAAUCCGAGUGUAACAUUUGGAUACUACCCAGUCAAGGUUCUGGAAAUAUCGGCGAAGUGCUCGAGGUCCACCCUAUGACCGUUCUCGAUUGUCCAGAGCUCAACUUCUUUCUCGAGGAAACCCCGGUUCCACACUAUGCCUAUGACAAAACGUGGGCAGAGGCAUCUACUGAACCUGCUCUCAUCCUACACACAUCUGGAUCAACAGGUCUUCCUAAACCUAUUGUCAUAAGAAACGCUUUAAUUGCGUGCUUGGACGCCAAUCGGUUGGCACCGUGUGUAGACGGAGAGCAACUUCAUGUGCAUGUAUGGCAAGGAACUAGACAAUUUUCAACCUUUCCACCUUUCCACGCCGCCGGCGUUUACAUGAACCUUGUCAGCACAUUGUAUUACGGGCUCAACAUUGUACAGGCAUUACCGUCAGUUCCAAUUACUUCCAAUCUAGUAGACGACAUGAUGGAGCAUGCCGGCGUUGAUGGCUUGAUGGUUGCUCCAUCAACAGUCGAAGAGUUGGCAUUCUCUCCCUCGAGCCUAGAAUGGAUUCAAAAGAAAAACAUCAAGUUUGUUGGCUUUGGUGGCGGGCCACUCGGACAAAACGCUGGAGAUGCCAUUGCCAAGUUCACAACUCUUCUCAAUUUUAUUGGAAGUACAGAAGCUUCCUUACUCGCACUCAUUCAGACAGAAAGAGAGGAUUGGAGAUACUUUAAAUUUCACCCCAACAAUGGCUUUAAAUUUGUCGAGACAAGCGACGGCCUCUAUGAGAUGUUUGUGAUACGGGAUCCAAAAUUUCAAAAGUGGCAAGGGAUGUUCCACACCUUCCCUGAGCUCAACGAGAUUUCCACGAAAGAUUUAUAUGAAAAACACCCCACAAAACCAGAUCUUUGGGCCUACCGGGGUAGAUCAGAUGAUAUCAUUGUGUUUUCCAACGGCGAGAAGCUAAAUCCUAUCACAAUAGAACAUACCAUCAAUGAACACCCCGAUGUACGCUCAGCAAUAGUUGUCGGCCAGGCCCGCUUCCAACCUGCUGUUAUUAUUGAGUUGGCUGAUCCGGUGGAAGUAACCGAAGAGAAGAAACAGGAUUUGAUUACUCGUAUUCAACCUUUUAUCGAUGCCGCAAACAAGGAUUCGCCAUCUCAUGCACAAAUCAAAGAUGGCCUUGUGACCUUUGCCAAACCCGGAAAGCCAUUCCCGCGCGCCGGAAAGGGUACCGUUCAACGUGCGGCAACAGUCAAGCUCUACGAGUCGGAAGUCGAAGAACUCUUCUCCAGCGUAGAAGGUGGUGAUGAUAGUAGCCUCGAAACUGAUUCUUUGGAAUCGUUGACUCUCACGUUGAAGGAUUUAGUCGCCAAGGUAGCUAAUUUGAAGGAUCUCCAUGUCGACGAGGAUGUUUUUGCGAGCGGAUCAUUUGAUUCUUUGCUUGUUUUUACUCUUUUGCGACAAUUGCGAUCAGCCUUGAAGAAGGACAAUGUGGAGUCCGAGAAGUUACAAGCCAGCACGAUUUAUAAUAAUCCGACUGUAAAAUCUCUUGCGUCGGUUCUUUACAAGCUUGCUCACCCAUCAGAGAAUGAAGGCGAUGCUUCAAGAACGGUCUUUGUUGAAAGACAGCAAAUGUUUGAAAAAUACGUCAAGGAUUUGCCAUCUAGAGCCUCAGGAAAUGUCGCUGAGGAUUCGAACGCUAAGAUUUCUGUUAUUUUGACAGGAAGUACCGGUUCUAUGGGUAGUUACAUGCUCGAUGAUUUGGUCGCAUUGCCUCACAUCUAUAGAGUUUACGCUCUCAAUCGUGCUGUCAAUGGCGAGGAAAGACAAAGAGGGGCGAGUGAGAGUCAUGGUCUCAAAACAGAUUUCAGCAAGGUUCGAUUUUUCAAAACAGAUAUGUCGCAACCGCAUUUUGAUCUCGACGAAGAGAAAUACGAUGAGCUGUUGAGCAACGCCACUCAUAUUAUUCAUAAUCAAUGGCAGGUUGACUUCAACUUGAGUCUGGCUUCCUUUGAGCCUCAUAUCAGAGGAGUACGCAACCUCAUCGACUUUGCAGCUCAAAGCAAACAUAACGCUAUUUUAUCUUUCAUUUCUUCCAUUGGUGUCACCCAAGGAAUUAAUUGGGGAAACGCAAUUCCAGAGUCCAUUAUUGAGGAUUGGAAUUCGGCAGCUAUGGGUUAUGGUUCCUCGAAACUCAUUUCCGAACGCCUUGUGGCUGAAGCCCAGAAGGUUAGUGGUGUUCGUACCCAGGUCUUACGUGUUGGUCAAGUAUCAGGUCCUGUUAGGAAGGAGAAGGGUAGAUGGAAUAUCCAGGAGUGGUUCCCUAGUGUAAGUUCUAACCUAGCCACCAAAAAGACACAAUACUAACCUAUUUUCAAAUUAGAUCGUUUCUACAUCCCAAUACAUGAAAUGUGUACCCACAAACUUGGCAGUUAUGAAUCGCAUUGAUUGGGUUCCAGUCGACGUUCUCUCAAACAUCAUCCUUGACCUCGCCGAUCUCACCAAUCCUUCCAAACACUUCACCGAGUACCCUUCUACUCCAUUCUUCCAUCUCGUCAACCCUACCAGCAUCGCAUGGCCAGAUAUCUAUCCCGUCCUCGUCAAGGACAUCGGUUCCGAAUGUGAAAUUGUCGAAUGGUCCGAAUGGGUAGCCCGACUUCGAGCAUCCGCAGAACGUGGAGAAAUCAAGGAGAACCGCGGAAUCAAAUUGUUGGAAUUCUAUGAGGGUAUCACAAAUGGAUUCCCAUUGGCAGUUUUGGAAACGGAGAAGACGGCAGAGAAGAGUGAGACGUUGGGAAAGUUGGGUCCGGUUACUCAGGAUUGGAUGAAGUUGUGGAUGAGGCAGUGGAGUGCUUGAUUAUCUUAUUACUUUGGCAUUGUGGGAAGUUUGAGAUUGAGGAGGUGGGUAUAUAGCGAGCAGAUUAUAGAUUUGUUGUAUUCUUUCAGUUAGGCAUUGCGACGGCGUAUUUAUAGACUAUUUGUGAGGUAUUAGGAUGGAGCAAUUGUGUGGUUUCAGGGUCUAGUUGAAUAGAAUUAUGAUAUGAUAU